GCGGUGCAUUGUGGGCUGACACCUCUUGUGGCGUCGGUCGGUUGUUGGGCCCGCUUGGCUCACAUUCUGCAAAAUGGCGACGUCCCUGGGAUCCAACACCUAUAAUAGACAGAACUGGGAAGACGCGGAUUUUCCAAUUCUGUGUCAGACAUGUUUAGGAGAAAACCCUUACAUCCGUAUGACCAAGGAGAAGUAUGGGAAAGAAUGCAAGAUUUGUGCUCGACCAUUUACGGUGUUCAGAUGGUGUCCAGGGACACGGAUGCGUUUCAAGAAGACAGAGGUCUGUCAGACCUGCAGUAAAAUGAAAAAUGUUUGUCAGACAUGUCUGCUGGAUCUGGAGUAUGGUUUGCCCAUCCAGGUCCGAGACACUGGGCUGUCAGUUAAAGAUGAGGUUCCUAAGUCAGAUGUGAACAAAGAGUACUACACACAGAACAUGGAGAGAGAGAUAGCCAACUCUGAUGGCACACGGCCGGUGGGCCAGCUAGGUAAAGCGCCAAGCUCUAGUGAUAUGUUGCUGAAACUGGCCCGGACCACACCAUAUUACAAGAGGAACCGGCCGCACAUCUGCUCCUUCUGGGUGAAGGGAGAGUGUAAGAGAGGGGAGGAGUGUCCCUACAGGCAUGAGAAGCCCACAGAUCCUGAUGACCCGCUGGCUGACCAGAACAUAAAGGACCGUUACUAUGGCAUCAAUGACCCAGUUGCUGACAAGCUGCUGAAACGGGCCUCAACUAUGCCCCGACUAGACCCGCCAGAUGACAAGUCCAUCAGCACCCUCUACAUAGGGGGUUUGGGAGAUACUGUCACAGAUGGAGAUCUCAAGAGUCACUUCUACCAGUUUGGUGAGAUUCGCACCAUAACCAUAGUCCAGAGACAGCAGUGUGCCUUCAUCCAGUUUGCCACGCGGCAGGCAGCUGAAAUGGCCGCUGAGAAGUCCUUCAACAAACUCAUCAUUAAUGGAAGGAGGCUCACUGUCAAGUGGGGAAGGUAAGAAGCAGCAAGAGGGAAGGAUGGCAUCAAAGAUGGCGUCAGUGAGAUGGGUACCAGACUUGAUCCUGUACCUGGACUGCCUGGAGCUCUUCCGCCACCACCUGCUUUAGAUGAAGAGGCUCCUGCAAACUACUUCAACCUGGACCCUGGCACCUCUCCUGCUGUCAUGAACAUUGCUCUUCCCCCACCUCCGGGCAUCAACCCGCCUCCUCCAGGUUUUGGCCCUCCAAUGUUUCACCACAUGGGUCCAAUGGCUCCACCUAUGCCACCUCCAAUGAGCAUGAGACCUCCUGGUCAAAUCCACUACCCUUCCCAGGAUCCUCAGCGCAUGGGCGCCCAUGCCGCACAUGGCUCACGUCAUGGUGAUUAGCUGCUAGAGUGAAAUCAUACUGUGAUUAGGCGUCAAACCUGGUCAGGUGCUUUUACUUCAGAUGCUGUCAAAGGGCCUGAAAUCUGCAGACUACUUCUGGGAGAAAUACAUUCAUAGAAGAUAACAUCUGAUUUAUUAUGCCCCCUGCAGUGCAGUGAAUGAACUGAACGAAGCGCCAUCUGUGUCUGGAGAGACAACAAGAUGUCUUUGUCACUACUCGCAGUUAAAAAGCACCAGAACAGCAUCUGAACAGUGGAAGAUAACAUUGUAAAAGACGUCAAACAUGAGAGUAAUGGCAAAUGUGAUCAGGGCCUUUUUUUUUUAUUAUUAUUUUUUUUUUUACUACAGGCUCCUGUGGUUUGGAGCCAUUGUACAUAUAAAAACUGUAUACUUUUAGGUUAAACUCUAUGUGUAACAUCGUGCAAAGUAUCACGUGGGGUAUUAAACCUGUUCGUUUUCAGUUGCAUUGACUUUUUUUAUUGUUUAUUUGACACAAUCUUCAUAUUCCACAGCAUAAUGACCUAGUUUAUUGUAAACCUUUCUUUGAAUGUUGUUUUCACUUGUCAUUAAAAUGAUGCAGUUGUCAUUGA